CACAAGAGAACCAUGAAGCAUCACUGCACUCUCAAACAUGACAUUAUCAAAGAGUUCUUGGCCGAGUUUCUUGGGACAUUUGUGCUGGUGUUGUUUGGCUGUGGCUCUGUAGCUCAGACCGUCCUAAGCAGGAAUACACUGGGCGAGCCACUCACUAUCCACCUCGGCUUCACCACCGGACUCAUGAUGGGGGUCUAUAUCGCUGGUGGGGUUUCAGGGGGUCAUUUGAACCCGGCAGUGUCGCUGGCCAUGGUCAUACUGGGUAAACUGAAGAUCUGGAAAUUUCCAGUUUACGUCAUUGCACAGCUCCUGGGAGCCUUCGCUGGAGCUGCUGGAGUGUUUGGACUGUAUUACGAUGCGUUUAUGGAGUUUACCAGUGGAAUUCUGUCAGUAACGGGUAUUAACGCCACUGGACAUAUUUUUGCCUCUUACCCUGGACGACAUCUUACGAUACUCGGAGGGUUUGUGGACCAGGUGAUUGGAACAGGCAUGCUGGUGCUGUGUAUCCUGGCCAUAACCGAUAGCAAGAAUAUUGGAGCGCCUAAAGGAGUGGAGCCUCUAGCCAUUGGCCUGAUCAUCCUGGGCAUCAGCGUGUCCAUGGGCAUGAACUGUGGAUACCCUCUGAACCCUGCCAGAGACCUUGGCCCACGGCUCUUCACUGCUAUGGCUGGUUGGGGCAUGGAGGUGUUCAGCACUGCAGAUCACUGGUGGUGGAUCCCCGUGUUCGGGCCUUUGAUAGGAGGCAUCACCGGCGCUGUAGUGUACUUCCUGUUAAUCGAGCUGCACCACACCGACCCCUCAGAAAAAUCCCAGCAAAAACCUGAGGAAGAAGAAGAUGAAGAAGAGGAUGAGGACAGCAGCCUGAGGGACAAAUAUGAGAUGAUAACUAUGGGCUGAACAGAUAAUCACUGACUAUGAAGCAAAUAAAAAUGCUUACGAAUUAAGACAAAUCAUAGUCAUGUGCUUCAGCUAGCCCAGUAUAAACACUUGACUCUCACUUUAGUUCUCAGACUUUUGUUUGGUUGUUGUCAAGAAGCAAGUUGAGACCGGGAUUAAAGCGAGCAGCCUAUUAUUUAACAGAUUAUAUCUUUGUACCUCUUUACAGGUAAUCUGCUUGUUGGGAAGACAUUUGUUAUGAGCUCAGAACCUCAUGAGAAUGUUAAGAAAAUCCAUUGUAGUAAAAUAUCUUUCCGAAGUAUACUUAAAAAAAAAGAAAAGUAUUUUUCCAGACCAUAAAUAUAGUAAACCUAGAGAGAUCAGUGUAGCGGUUUAUUUAUUAUUUCUACUUUUUCAUAGUUUGUACAUUUCACACUUUUUUAUUCUCUGUCUUUUCAAAUGUUCUAGGAUAAAUCUAGGAAAUAUAAAGAAUUUAAUUAUAGCACAAAAUGUGACAAAAAUAAAUUGCCAUAGUGCGCCCUGUUCCUGUAUAUUACAUGUCCUUAAUUGUCUUUGCCACUCAGUUUUAGAAAUUUUA